GUUUGGCUUUGGCUCAGCUGUUUGUAGGUACCUACUUUGUGUUUUGUGUGUAAAUCAUUGACUAAGUACGAUGACAUACAAAAUUGUUAUUUCUACGAUUGCAAUCGAUACAUAGAAUCACGGUCCUUUUCGAGGUUCUCUAAAUAUACUUGAGUUCUAUAAAAUUUUUGCACUGUUUGUUGUAUUAAUUAGAAUAUCAAUCAUGUCCCAUCAUCAUUGCCAUGGACAUGAUCAUGAUCACAGCAGUGCCGACGAAGUCGGCUUUCAGUAUAACCUAUAUGAAAAAAUUGAUAAGGAAAAUUUACAAUGUUUAAAUGAAACCAUCGAAGGUUCAGGGAAAACUGUUUUUAAACCAUGGGACAAGAGACUUGAUACAACUCAUUUUGUUGAAAGUGAUGCUGAUGAAGAAUUAUUAUUUAAUAUACCUUUCACAGGGAAUGUGAAACUUAAAGGUAUCAAAAUAUCAGCAGAAGAUUCUGAUUCUCAUCCUGCAAAGUUAAGACUAUUUAAGAAUAAACCCAAUAUGACAUUUGAUGAUGUGUCUCUAGAGCCUGAUCAAAUUUUUGAACUGCAGAAGGAUAGUCAAGGUGUAUUGGAAUAUUCUCCCAAAAUUGUCACUUUUUCAUCGGUAUCACAUUUAACAAUGCAUUUCCCCAGCAACUUUGGUGCUGAAAAUACGAAAAUAUAUUAUAUUGGAUUAAAAGGAGAAUGGACUCCAGGGCAUAGACACGGAGUAACUAUUUGCACUUACGAAGUUAGACCUAAUAUUGAUGACCAUAAACUGAAACAAUUUGAUUCUGUAACAAGACAAAUUGAGUAAAAAUAUUUAAUUAUUUUAUUAAGAUGAUAAAUUUCAAUCUAACACUGUUUCUUUGUAUAUUCACAAUUAUAUAUUUUUUUCUUACUUUAAAUAACUUUGUUAUGUAUCAUACAUAAAUUACUCAACUGUGUUUUAUAAAUACUCAUAAAAGUAAUAUUUGUAGUCAUAUGCAAAAAAUAUGGUUAUCAUGAAUUAUAUAGAUAUAUAAAUUGUAUUUUAAUAACUUGUGCUACUGAUGCAUUUAUUAACCGAUUCGUUGCGGAUGUACAUCCGAUACUUUUCACAUCUAUACUAUUUAUCUUCCAAUAAGAGUAAGACUGUAAAAUAAAAUAAGUAAGUAUUAAAUUUUUGU